AUGCCCACCGACGAGAAGCCUAACAAGUACGAGCCCGUCCCGAUUCCCACCUACGACGAGGCCGUCGGCUCCUCCUCGCGCAACACGCCUUUUCCGCGAGAGGACAAUACAAGAGAAGCGGCCCACCCGGCCGAGCGAGAGGGACUGUUAGGCUCAGAGCUCGGAGGCCGUACACCGGUGCCUACGCGGCGAGUGGGCUACAGGCCGCCACCUACGGAAGAAAACACAUCAGUCAACGGCGACAACGACGGCGACGAUGUCGAACACGAUAGCUUUCUCAAUCAGGAUGGAGGGCGGAGAAGGACAAGCCAGAGCUCGGAGGAGGAGGAGGACGAGGUGCGGAGGGAGAUGCAGGAGAUGGAGAUGGGGGAUCCGGCUGCCGAGGGGAGCCGCAGCACGCAGUCGGCGUGGGGGAAACGCAUAUCCAGCCUCGGGAUCCUCGCGCGGUGGAAGUGGCCCGCGUCCCUGCGACCGCGGUGGCCGACGCUGGACGCGAACUUCUGCAUCGUGCUCGGGCGCUGCUUCGCCCUGUUGCUGGUCAUGGCCGUCGUGUACCUGCUGUUCAUGAGCGACAUCUUUACGAGCGCGACGGGGCGCCUGGCGGGCCAGAUGUUUGAUCCGGAGAGUGUCAGGAUACAUGUUCAGGCCAUGGCGAACGAGGGCAAGAUCCGCGAGUACCUGCGGGUGGUGACGCAGGCGGAUCAUCUGGCGGGCACCGAGGGCGACUAUGUGUUGGCGGAGUAUGUGCAGGAUUUCAUGCGGGGCAACUUUCUGGAGGAGGUGCACAUGGAUCAGUAUGAUGUGUAUUUGAAUUACCCCAAGAAAGGGGGGAGGAAGGUCGAGUUGCUGAAGGGUGAUGGGGGUGUGGAGUGGAGUGCGAAGAUUGAGGAGGUGGAUGUGUACGGGGAAGGCGUGAGGGCCCAGACGCCGGUUUUCCAUGGUCAUUCGAGGGCAGGGGAUGUCACAGGACCGCUGAUUUACGCGAAUUAUGGAGCGAGAGAGGAUUACAAGGCGCUGUAUGACAGUGGGAUCGAUGUGAAAGGGGCGAUUGCUCUGGUGAGGUAUGGGGGAACACAAGGGGAUCGCGCGUUGAAAGUCAAGGCUGCGGAGGAGUGGGGUUUUGUGGGUGUUAUCAUCUACAGCGAUCCGCAGGAAGAUGGGUUUGUGCUUGGAGAGCCGGCGCCGAAUGGGAGAUUCAUGCCUGAAGGCGGCGUUCAGAGGGGCUCAGUGGGAUUGAUGAGCUGGGUUGUGGGGGAUGUGCUGACGCCUGGGUACGCGAGCGUUAAGGGAGCCGAGAGGGUCUCCAAAGACAACAAUCCCGGCCUGGUCAACAUCCCGAGUAUACCUCUGUCAUGGGGAGAUGCACAACAUCUCCUGAAAGCGAUCGAGGGGGUGGGCCAGGAGCCGGUGGGGCAUCCCAACUGGACAGGAGGACUUCAGAAUGUUACGUACUGGACAGGAAACCUAAGCUCUCCAAAGGUGCAUCUUGUGAAUGACCAAGACGAAGUCGAGCAGCAGCCUAUCUGGAACGUGAUGGGUAAGAUCAGGGGAGUUGAGCAAAGAGAGAAAUCAAUCAUCGUCGGCAACCACCGCGAUGCCUGGGUCUACGGUGCUACAGAUCCGGGCUCUGGAACAGCAGUCAUGCUAGAAGUGAUCCGCAUCUUCGGGGAUCUGGUAGAGCGCGGCUGGAAACCUCUCCGCACUAUUGAAUUCGCCUCAUGGGACGGCGAGGAGUACAACCUCAUCGGCUCUACAGAAUAUGUAGAGAACAACAUGGACCGCUUACGGCAAAAUGGAUACGCCUAUAUCAACGUUGAUGUUGCAGUCGGCGGCACAGAGUUCAAGGCUUCCGGCAGUCCUAUGUUCAAGAAAUCCCUUCUACGGGCACUGGAUCGCGUCAGCGAUUUAAGCAAGAACGCCACGCUCCGCGCACUCUGGGACCAACGUGGUGGGGAGCUGGAAGGCUUGGGCGCUGGCAGCGACUACGUUGCUUUCCAAGACAUGGCUGGGACGUCCAGUCUCGAUAUUGGUUUUGACGGCCCUCCGCACCCGUAUCACUCCGCCUACGACACGUUCGAGUGGAUGGACACCGUCGGCGAUCCAGGCUUCCAAUACCACAAGAUGCUCGCGCAAGUCUGGACCCUGCUCAUCCUGGAAUUCUCCGACCGGCUCGUCCUCCCCUUCGACAUCUCAGCCUAUUCAACCGCCCUCACAAUGUGGGUGAUCGAGCUCGACAACUGGGUCGGCGACAAAGGCGCCAACAUCGCGGGCAACACUCCCUGGAGCAUCGAGCCGCUGAGAGAGGCGGUGCUACAGUUUGCGAAAGACGCGAAGCUAUUUGAGAAAUGGGAGCUCGAUUGGGAUGGUAUCGUGCUGGGCGGCAGCGGGUUCGAGAGUGCGGUCUUGGCAGCGCAUCGGAUGAGCCACAAUAAUCGGAUGGCGAACUUUGAGACGCACCUGUUGGAUCUGGAGGAGGGUGGUGGUAUCCCCAACCGAACCCAGUUCAAGCACGUCCUCUUCGGCCCACAGCUCUGGUCCGGUUACGACACGGCCUUUUUCCCGGCCAUCCGCGACGCUGUGGAUGCGCGAAACUGGACGCUGGCCCAGGCGCAGGUUGCCAAGGCGGCGGACAUUAUCACCAAGGCAAGUCGUAAGUUGGUAGGGAAUAAGUGA